UGGGCAGCGGGACCGAGGAGCGGGGCUAAAUGCGGAGCCCCGGGGCUGCAGAAGAGCAAGGCUGGGCCUUGUGCGGGCAUGUACGCUAAGGAACGGGAGACGUGAAGGGAGAUCUUCCCCACUGAGCCUGUGCCAUCGCUGCUGAAACCCGGGAAAUUGAAGCAGGGGAACCUAAUCGAGGUUUACAAGAUGAGAGUAGUUAAGGGUAUGUUUUGUAUUUGCCGGAUUGGAGGGCUGGGCUGUGAGCGCCUUUGGGCACUAUCUACCAACCUUUGUAACUGCCGAGCAGAUAAGAUUUAAAAAGAGACUAAAAGGUAUGCAUGUAGGUACAAAGAAAUCUUAGGCUCUCCAGGUAAUCCGUUCAUGAAUGAAUGCUUGAAAGUUCAGCUUUGUUUUGCUGAGCAGUAUGUGGAUUAGGCCCUUACCGUCUUGAGCACAAUACUCUGGUGUUGUGUGUCUUCCCACUGAAGUCUGUAUGACAAACAAACAGGACAAAAUGUUGACAAUAUCUGGUUUAAGAUCAGGAGCCCACAAGUGACAAGAUGAUCUUUUUUAUUGCCAAGUGCAGUGCUCUCUGCAUAUACGUAUGCAGUACUCUUGUGAGUAGGUAGAAUCCUUCUGUUUGCUACCAGCAAUAUAUAAUGGUCAGAACACUUGACUCGAUAUUCUGCAGUGAGUGUUUUCCCAAAACUUGGAAGAAAUAAUGUAUUCCUAUAAAUUUAAAAAGAAACAUCUCCUGUGUACCCAUAAGCCUGAUUUAGUUGUGACUUUGCUGUAUCGGUUAAGUAACCACUGUAGGGUGAAUAACUUGUACAUUGUCAGCAUCAGCCAGUUGCUACUAAAAUGGAGUUGCAUGGGGGGUGUACAACCACAAGUUCCCUGCUCCCAAAGUAUUCCCAUGUAGCUUCAGUGUGGCGAGAUUACCAUGACAGCUGGGAUGAGCAGACUGCUUGGUCUUUUGUGACUGGGUGUUUACACUUGUGCAUGUACACACAAACACAUAAAAGCAGCAUAAAAGGAGUGGUUGGAUUCAUCCCGUAGGAGCAGAACGUCGAUCUUUUCUUGCUGAGCUGGUCACUGGCUGAGGAACAAAUGCUAUUUGCUCUGAGGGAACCUGAGUGUGGCUGUUCCAUAGCAGCACUGUCCUGCAGUAUGCCCAUAGCUGGUGCGGUGACUCAGUUAGAGGAGGCCUCAAACCUGGGGGGCAGAGGCUGGGUUGCUGCAGGCUUAGCUAAAAAGGAGUGCUCCCUUCCAUCCCCUCUCCCAGGCUGGCGUUCAGAAUGUCUGCAUUGGGAAACACAUCAGAAGGAUACACACCUCUAAUGCAAAAUGUGUGAUCCUCUACAAAAAAACACAAAACAAAAACAAAACAAAAAAACCCAAACAAACAAACAAACAAAAACUUUUGUAAUUUAAUUCCUUCUGCCUGGUCCCUUCUUUUCCUUCACUUCAUCUGAGAUUCAAGGAUUUGAGAUCUCUUUAAACAUCCCACUCUUGGCUACAGUGGCUCCUGACAAAAAAUGGCUUUGACACAGUUUGGAUGCAGUUCUGUGUGUCAUGAAAAUCAAACUCAGUUAUCUUCCCACUCUCUUUCUAGUUUUUAAAUAAAUUACUUCAGUGAUUCAGAUAUUUUAUAAGAAAGAGGUGGUAUUUUCUAUCUUUAAAAUAAUACAACAUACAUUUUGAUUGAAACACCCAAAUCUGUCAAGCCUGAAGAGUGACCACUCAUUUCCUUUCCCACUGUCUUCCAGAGAAUCCUUAUUUGGUUCAGAGAAAGCUUCUCCAUUUACAUAGCGGUUCUUCUUUAUGGGAAGGUUAUUUUCAUUCUCUGUUUCUCAGACCUUUUCCUAUAGAUGGGAACGGGGGAAGGAGCCCAGACGUGGCAACUCAUUCACAGGCUCCUGCAGGACCACCAUGGCUUAUGAUGCCACCAAGAAGAAGGAAGAGUUCCUAGAUAGUCACCGAAGUGUUGAUGACGGGCUGGCACCUGGCAGGAUACAACGAGAGAAAAAGCGCUCGUACAAGGAUCUUUUGCAAGAGGAAGACGAGAUAGCAACUCAGGACAGUGAGUUUUUUCCAGGAACAGAAGCUCACAAAAAGAAGAGAAAGCACUCCUCUGAUGAGUUCUGCUACAGAGGUGUCUCGCCUUUGGAUCUACCAUCAAAGAAGAAGAAAAAAGCAGCUUCUAGCCCAUCCUCAGCUGAUACAACUAUGGAUUUACUCAAGGCUGUAAACUCACCUUUGGCCACAAGCUCAAAGUCUUCGAAGAGGACCUCUGAAAAAUCAUCUCAUUCUUCUUCUGGCCAUUCUGAAAGCAGAAAGGAGCAUCCCAAGAAGAAGCUGAGUGUGAGCAGUGGGGAGCACUCAGUGGAUGACGGCAGCUCCCACAAAUCUAAAAAAAUGAAACCCCUUUAUGUGAACACAGAGACACUUACUCUUCGUGAACCUGACGGCUUGAAGAUGAAGCUCAUCCUUUCACCGAAAGAGAAAAGUAGUGCAGCAGAUGAUGAUUCUUUAUCCUACUCUUCAGCACCAGCAGCUACAAAGAAAUCUUCAAAGAAAUCAUCUCGAGAUGAGCAAGGCUCAUUCCUGCUGGGGCACGAUCUGCAGAGCUUCCUGAAGUCAUCCCGGAAAAAGCACAAACCACCUCCGGACUCACAUCCACCUUCUGAGAAUUUUGGUGCUGACACGUCCCUUCAUUCAGAGGGCCACGGAAGUGAGUACGAGGUUUCAGGUAUGGAGGUGCCGCCAGAAUCUGGUUCUUCUUCUGGUGGAGAGUUGGAGGCUGGAGAGCUGGUGAUAGAUGACUCCUACCGGGAAAUCAAGAAGAAGAAGAAGUCAAAAAAAAGUAAGAAAAAAAAGGACAAAGAGAAACACAGAGAGAAGAAACACUCCAAGUCUAAAAAGAGUUCUGGGCAUUCUCCUGUGGUAGAAGCAAGAGUUUCACCACCACCUCCCAGCACCCCCUAUGUUGUCCCUCCACCUCCUCCUGCUGUUUUUCACUCAGAUGGUCAAAGUGAGAAGAGGAGGAAAAAGGAAGACAAGGAGAAGGACAAGGCUGAGAAAUGGGAAAAGGAAAGAGAAAAGGAAAAGGAAAGAGAAAAAGAAAAGGAAAGAGAAAAAGAAAAGGAAAGAGAGAAGGAGAAGGAAAGAGAAAAAGAAAAGGAAAGAGAGAAGGAAAAGGAAAGAGAGAAGGAAAAGGAAAGAGAAAAGGAAAAGGAAAGAGAAAAAGAAAGAGAAAAAGAAAAAGAAAGAGAAAAGGAAAGGGAAAGAGACAAACCAAAGAAGAAAAAUAUGUCUGCUUAUCAAGUGUUCUGUAAGGAAUAUCGUACAACUAUUGUGUCUGAGCACCCUGGAAUAGAUUGUUGGAGAGCUACGUAGAAACUGGCAGAAGUGUGGAAGCAGCUACCUGAGAAAGAUAAACUGGUCUGGAAACAGAAAGCUCAGUAUCUCCAACACAAGCAGAAUAAAGCAGAGGCCACCACUGUAAAGAGAAAGGCAUCACCUUCAGAUGGUGCACCAAAAAUAAAAGCUUCUCCAACAGGAGUGAUUUCUCCUCACAAAAAAUCCCCCACCAGCACUGUUGUGGUGCCUUCCUCACCAGCCAAAGUCCCUGAGACAGAACCCAUUGAUGUAGCUGCACAUUUACAGUUGCUGGGUGAAUCUCUCAGCCUCAUUGGACACAGACUGCAGGAAACAGAGGGAAUGGUGGCUGUUUCAGGAAGUUUGUCAGUACUCCUAGAUUCAAUUAUCUGUGCUUUGGGCCCAUUGGCAUGUCUGACCACGCAACUGCCUGAGCUGAAUGGCUGCCCAAAGCAUGUUUUGUCAAAUACACUAGACAACAUUGCCUACAUCAUGCCUGGACUUUGAUGGGAAAGGAUCCUGGGAUGUACUCAACCUCUGUGUAACUGACUUGUGUGCGUGCACUAUGCCAGCGCUUCCGAAGGGAUCCAUGUGGAGGCUUUUAAAAUUUUAUAUAUGUAUAGUAUAUACAUAGGAUUGUAACUAUUUGACUUGUAUUUUAUGAAAAGUUGUGAAGGUAAGCUGAGAAAACCCUUUUGUAUUGGUGGGUGAGAUGUCCUCCAAUCUGAAAGUAUUUUGUAUGAAGAAUUCAGAAAGCUUUUGAGAUAUUCGCCUUAAAUUCAGAUUUAGUGGAGGAAGCAAACAGAGAAUGGACUUCUCAAUAAUAAAGAAGAAAGCUGUCACCAUGAGAGAACUCAUUGAAACAGGUGGCCAAGAGAGGUUCUUGACUCUCCUUCCUUGAUGAUAUUCAAAAACUGAAUGAGCAGCCUGCUCUAGUUGGACUUGCUUUAAGCAGGGAGAUGGACCAGAUGAUCUCCUGAUAUCCCUGCAUAAACUAAAGUAUUCUGAUAUUUUGUGACAGAUAGAGAUGAUAAUAUGUUUUCAACCAAGGAAUAGAAUUGAAUCUUCACCAGCCCUAUUUGUAACUCUUUUUCUGUUUCUAACAGACUUCUUGAGGGGAAAGCUGGAUAGCUUUUUGCUUCUUGGUCAGUUUCUCCAACCCCUACUCCUUAGUCAGUAAUAUCUGGAAGCUGCCAGUGUCAGCUGGCUGGUGUGGUAGCUGGCAUUUGAAGUGAAGUAGAAGAUGACAGCAAGUUUAAUUUUUCCUUGUGGACUCAUACUCAAAUCAUCAUUAGCACAAUAUAUCAAUCCAUUGGAUUGCCUUGAGAGAAUGAACCUCCUGCUGAUUUUUCCACGGCAUGGUCAGCCUGCUUUGAUGGGAGUAGAGAAGCAGAUGGGGAAAACUUGGAUUGCUUCUGCCCAUCUUGCACCUGUUUUGUGAAAUGGCUCAUCCCCCAUCCCUCUCACCAGCAGUAUUGCAGGAGCUGUGCUGCUGCUGCAAGGCAGUGACCGGUGGCCAGUUUGAAGCAGUUUUGGCCAAGUAAGGCACAUGUGGGUUGAUUGGACCAGUUUCCCUUCCUUCCAGCCACAUACUUGGAGUUUGGUUUUCUGCUUCUCUGGAAGCAGAGCUGCAGGAGAACACUUGAUUCCUGUUCAGGCUUUUGUCUGUGUGUAUGUAUGUGUAUGUGGUGUUCAUAUCACAUGUAUUUAACUUCCAAUAUCUGUAACAGAUUUUAAUUUAUCCUGUAUAUUUCUGUGUGUGUGUGUGUAUAUAUUUAUAUAUAUACAUAAUUUAAAAGCAAAAUUCCUCCCUCAGCCAAGAGCGUGUGAAAAACGUGAAUCAAGUUUGCCUCACCUCACUUCCGGCAGGAAUCAACUCUUUGUAUAGUAGUAAGCAUGGGCAUUGUGUAAGGAAACACCAGGAAGAUUCCAUGUGUUUGUAGAAACAGACUAUCUUGAGAAUGUAGGCAGAACAACCGAAAUAUCAUUUGACUCAGGCCUUUUCAGCUCUGUAACAGGAAAGUUUUAAAAUUGCAGAAGAGGCAUUUUUUACUUCCAAUAAGUCUAGCUUCUGUUUUUUAGGACAGUUGAAAGUGAGCUGUCCUUCAUUGUGGCUGAGCCCCAAAUCAGAAUUAAAUCAAACCCUGGGGGGUGGAGGCGAGUUUUUCUCCCCAUGCCUCUUUGCCACGUAUUUCCCAGAUGUGCCUGUACAAGGUAGUCUGUCUCUUACAGAUCUUUUCUCAGCAGAGGAGGCGUAGAAGGUUCUCAGACCACCAGGCCAGAACAUGUUUUAACAGCCUAGGACAAAUCCCAGUGAGCCUGGAAAUAGGAAGGGCCCAGGAGGGAGGCAGUCCAAUCCUGCUUCAGAUCCUGGCCCAUAUUAAAGCAUCUGCUGUUGUGAGCAGAACAAAAUAACCGGCUCUUUCCAGCCCUUCACAGUUGAGAGCAUUGUGGUGAAGGGGUAGAUCUGAUUUUGAAGAAAUAGAAGGGGAUCAGCUUUAGCUUUGUCCUCUGUACAACAGAAAACUCUUGGAGAGUGAAAAACACACACGACCCUGGUGUAUUGUAUUUUUAUUAAAAUUUGUACACUUUAUAUAAUCUGUAUCUUGUGGUAUUUGGUACUAUAGGGAAACUUUGUCAAGGCUUAGCAGUUUUUAUAUUUUUGUUAUUUCUUUGCUGUUUGGUCCUGAUUACAAUUAUACACAGACUUUUUUGUAUUGUACUUACAAUAUA